AGAGCCUUCAGUAUUUGCUUUUCCUUGCAACUAGUAGUUGGAGAGUACAGAGGACUAGAGCAGAUACAGAAAACUCAGGAACAAUGAAUGUAAGCAGGACCAAGACAUCUAAACGCACACAGAGACGAUUCAGUGUCUAUCAACAGCAAUCACCAAAAUCACCAGAACAGCAACAGAAAAAACUAAAACAGGAGAAACUGCAGCAACAGCAGGACCAGCAGCACCAGGACCAGCAGCAGCAACUCUCACAAGAACAGGUACACGAUCAAAAAGAUCGAUAUGAAGAAAAAGAGCUAAAGCAAGAACCAAAAAAAAUGGAACAGGAACAAGAACAAAAUCUAGACGUGGAACAGAAGCUAAACCCAGAUGAAGAUCAGGAGCAAGAGCAAACUGAAGAUCCACAGCUGAAAACAGAGCCAUCCCAGGCAGCAAAAAAGGAAUCAAAAGAUACACAAACAAGAAAGGAGCAGAAUUUCUGGUACUGGCUCCCUCACCUCACUGACAAUUCUCCGUGGGAAUGUCUUGUGAAGGGUAAAGGCCAAGAAAUUUUAGAAACAGUUUUCAGCAGUACAUCAGGAUCUCAGUAUACAAAAUUUACACGCCGACAAAGAGGUAUUGAGCAAACUACAGAAACUGCACAGCACAGCACACAUGGCCAAACCACUCCAACUCAGCCUCGCACCCAAAGUUCAAAUCCAUCUCAUGAAGCCAGACCAACAGGAAUGCAGCACAGGCCUGGUACCUCAGCAGGAUGUAGCAAUAAUGUUCCAGGAACAAGAAAUGUUUCUCAAAGUGGACCGUCUCAUGGGGGAAUGACAGAUCCACGAAUGUUUCUUCCAUUAAUGCAGGCAGCUCGCAGUAUGGGUUUUGAUCCUAACAUGUUUUCUCGUUUGGGGUUAUCUGCUCCUGCACAGAAUCCAGCUGCUCCAGAGGGAUCACAACGUCUACCAAAUAUUAAUUUCCUGCCACCAACACCAUCAUCACUAGAGUCUAGUCUAAAUGAGACACUGAAUAUUAUCCAGGAAAUUAUUGCAGGUGCCAUGAUGACAAUACUCCAUUUAAGAUCAUGUGGGAAAUUUUGAAAGCGCAAGUUUUGCUUAGCUGUUUGCAUCAUUCUGAUGUGUUUUUACACAUUUCUCACAAUAUUAACUCACAGAACAUUAUCAAUAUAUUUUGUGAAAGCUGUCAACAUAUUCAAAUACUGUUUCCUGAAAAGUGUGGACACUUAAAAGACAAUACUAGCAUUUGUGUCUAAUCAUUCCAAAUAGGGUUGUGAUGUAUGCUAA